AUGCGCUUCGAGGCCCUGUGGGGUGUGGAAGAACUGGUUCUCUUUGACACAGGAAUCACCGCCGAUGGCCAUGACGCCCUGCAGUGUGCCGUAGUUAGUCGGGCGGCCCUGGCCAUGGAGGCGGCUCGGGCACUGCGCAAGAGCGAUGAGCUCAUUGAAAAGGUUCGGGUGAAGCGCCUGCGGCGUCCCCGAGCUCUGCAGGUACAACCAUGGAUCGGGUCGAUGGGGGGUAAACAAACAGUCUCAGGCAGAUAA